GACGACUGCUGUACCAGUCACACUUUGUCAGUCUACUUUCUCUCUCCCCUGCUCUGCUGCUGUGCUGUGUUUUUUGCAGCUGCAUGUCUUCCCUGCCCGCCUGCCCCUUUUUUUUUUAUCGAUCACCAAGAGGCGGAAAAAAAGGAGCCGUUUUCCCUUUUGGUGAUUUAAGUGGAAAAAGUGUCAGCAAGACAAUUGGGUCCUAACAAUACAAGACGGUAACUAUGCUUCAAGGGAUCAAGGAGAUUGGCUCACACGCCAUGGAUAUCUAUGACUACCUCCUGGCAGGAUUUGAUCCGCGGAUUAAGGAAUACCCAAUGAUGCAGAAUCCCAUUGCCAUGACUACGACAUUGAUUUCCUAUCUGUUGUUCGUAAUGUACCUGGGACCUCGCUUCAUGGCCAAUCGCAAGCCCUUCCAGCUGAAGGAGGCAAUGAUAGUGUACAACUUCCUGCUAGUGGGGCUGUCGAUAUUCAUCGUCUAUGAAUUCCUGAUGUCCGGCUGGGCCACGACGUACACUUGGAGAUGUGACCCAAUCGAUACCUCAAACAGCCCUGAAGCUCUUCGAAUGGUCCGAGUGGCUUGGCUGUUCUGGUUCUCUAAGAUCAUUGAGCUCAUGGACACAGUCUUCUUUGUGUUGAGGAAAAAGCAAGGCCAGAUCACAUUCCUGCACAUCUUCCACCACUCCUUCAUGCCCUGGACAUGGUGGUGGGGAAUCUGCUACGCUCCCGGUGGAAUGGGAUCCUUCCACGCCAUGGUGAAUUCUACCGUCCACAUCAUCAUGUAUUUCUACUACGGCCUUUCAGCUGCUGGACCUCGCUUCCAGAAGUUUUUGUGGUGGAAGAAAUACAUGACAGCCAUUCAGCUCACCCAGUUUGUGCUGGUUUCUCUCCACGCCACCCAGUAUUACUUCCUGCACAGCUGCGACUACCAGUUCCCCAUGGUCCUUCACCUCAUAUGGGUGUACGGAACCUUCUUCUUCGUGCUCUUCUCCAACUUCUGGGUGCAGGCGUACGUGAAGGGCAAGCGGCUGCCCAAACAGGACCUCAAGCAGAGUCAGAAUGGCUCGGCCGCGCAAACCAACGGCAAGUGCCACGAGAACGGCAGCUACAGCAGCAACGGCUCGACCAACCACGAAAACAGCAGCGCUCACACGGGCAAGAUGAAGAAGGCCUAAAAGAUCUCGGGAAGAAAACGAUCAUGUUGUUGAAACGACCCCACAUUCCAAAGAUAAUUCCGCCGUUAUUUUCCUGUUUUUAGUUUUAUAUGCAAAACAUGGGCGAAAGAAGUGGUCAAUGAUUUCCACAGCUGGGGUCUCACGUUAUGGUUUGUUUAGUUUCUUGGAGUUGAUGAACCAUCAAUGGGACACAAUGUAUGAAGAGAAGAUGUUUUUAAGCUAAAUGUUGUCUUCAACCUCCUUGUUCAGCGUCAAACCCGGUUGCUUCUCACCCCUCUUGCCUUCGCUACUUAUCUGACACCCCUGUGACCCCCCCCUCCCCCCUGUGGACAGAUGACUGUACAGUUUAUAUCAAACUUGAACAUACUUUUUGUAAAUAGUUUUACAAAAAAAAACCCCGAACUAAUUGUAUUGGUAUGCUUUAGACUUUCUAAAUUUUGUUACCUUGUGUAUUUAAAAUAGAAAUGCCAAUAAAUUUAAUUUUAAAUUA